CAGUGCUCCCCGCCUUCCUUUAUAAUUCCUCCGUUUGCUGAUCACGAACGCUUAAGAACGCAGAUCAGGACGCGCGUUGUUCUCAGAUGACGCUUGUUUCUCAAACCUACGGUCUUUUGGUAAGGUUCUCCUCUGACGUCACGGCCCCGCCCACUCAAGUUCUGUUUGAUCGCUGCGCGCUGCUGUUGACAGAGAGCUGCCGCGAGCUCGUGCUUGGAGGCGAUUAAACGGCGAUAAGCGGCAGCGGGCUGUCGUUAUUCGGUUACCGAGGGGGGCUCGGUGGGUUAUCACUUUAAACAUGUUCACCUAACCCAUCCUGAGCGGUAGUAAUGCGCUCACGAGUUCGUGAGGCGGCCGAUUGUCAUUUUGACUUAGCUCGCGUUCGCUUAGCCUCCACAGGCUAAUUAAUUAACCCAUAUUGUGAGGUAAAUAUCCACUCUAAAUCAUCGGAAACGGGACAAACACAGCAGAACGACGAUCUACAACGAGGACCGGUGCUGUUUCGUCGUUUUGAACGAACGCGAAGGAUUAACGGCAGGUGGAGCUGUGACGUCUGUGUCUAUGAGAACGUCACGCAGCAUGCACAGAAACUGAGAAGACACUCGUUCAACAUGAUGUCCCCCCCGCCCUCAACUCAGCCAUAGGAACACACACACACACACACACGCGUGAGAAGAACACACACCAUCACACUACAGCCCCAGGUGUGUCAGGGUUUGUGAGGUGUGUGUUUUGAGGGAUCAUGUCUGUGGUCUUCACACCCGACGGGAUGAAGGAGGGCGAUGCUUCCGCAGGCAUCAGUGGCCAAAGCAGCCCAUCGGCGCUCGCUAAAGACCCCAACGCCGACAGCACAGAACCAGACGACAGCCUCUCCCAGGACGCACAGCGACGCUGUCAGAAUCACGGCCACACCAGGAAACGAGCAAAGUCGAAUGCAAAGGUCAAGCUGGUGAGGAGUCUUGCAGUUUGUGAAGAGUCUUUUUCAAGCGACGGUCCUCUAGAAUCACAGGACAUCAUUCAGCUUCACAUCAGCUGUCCAUCGGAUAAAGAGGAGGAGAAAUCCUCGAAAGAUGAGUAUGAGAAUGAGGAAAGGGAAAAGAAAGAUAAAACUCCACGAAAGAUGCUCUCGCGUGACUCCAGUCAGGAAUACACUGAUUCCACAGGGAUAGAUGUGCACGAGUUCCUGGUGAACACACUGAAGAACAACCCCAGAGACAGAAUGAUGCUGCUCAAGCUGGAACAGGAUAUCCUGGAUUUCAUUAAUGAUGACAAUAAUCAGUAUAAGAAGUUUCCUCAGAUGACCUCUUAUCAUCGGAUGCUGCUGCAUCGAGUCGCUGCUUACUUCGGCAUGGAUCACAACGUGGACCAAACCGGCAAAGCUGUCAUCAUCAACAAGACCAGCAACACACGCAUCCCCGAGCAGAGGUUCUCUGAGCACAUUAAAGAUGAGCGCAGCAUGGACUUCCAGAAGAAGUUCAUCCUGAAGCGAGACGAUGCCAGCAUGGAUAAAGAUGAUAAUCAGAUCCGGGUCCCGCUGCAGGACGGCCGGCGCAGUAAGUCCAUCGAGGAGCGAGAGGAGGAGUACCAGCGCGUCAGGGAUCGCAUCUUUGCACGAGAAUCCUCACAGAAUGGAUACAUCAAUGAUAACAGGGGUAACAGGGAAAGCUCCAGCCGGGCGUCCAGCAGUCGUCAGAGCAGCACCGACAGCGAGAUGAAGAGCCUGGAGCCGCGUCCGUGGAGCAGCACAGACUCGGACAGCUCCAGCCGAACGCUCAGACCUCCGGUCACCAAAGCCAGCAGCUUCAGCGGCAUCUCCAUCCUCACACGAGGAGACAGUCUGGGCAGCGGCAGGGGCUCCCGCACAGGUCUUCCCACAGUCUCUCCAGACGUGUGUACUCCGUCUCAUCCGCAUCAACAGAGCCGUGGGCUCCUGCCGUGUCCCCCUCAGACCCCGAGCCAACCGGCCAAUCCGCCGCUGCUGCCGACCCCGACACACACACACACUCACACACACACACAGCACGCCAUCAGUGCGCACAAUCACAUGCUGCCUCAGCCGUCUGCGCAGGCUGUGUCUUACUCCAACCCUUCGUGUCCUCAGGUCCUCCUGCCUGUUUCUCCUUCCCAGCAGUACAACAUGGGAGACGAGUUGACUCCAGGUUUCGGGCAGAUGUCUCUAAGCCGUCAGGGCUCCAGCGAGGCACCUGAGCCACCCAGCCUUUACCAGCCUCCACCCACUGUACUAUCCCAGCAUCCUCCACCUCAGCCCAGCUACAUCAUGCCCCCGCCGCCCUCUGGAUACCAGCCUGCUGCUCCACACCCACAUCCUCCUCCGCCUCCGCCUCCACCAACACAAGCCAUCCUACAGACCGCUCCACCCACACAGGGAUACAUGCAGCCUCCGCCGCAGCAGAUCCAGGUUCAGUAUUAUUCGACCGGAGGACAGUAUCCGAAUUCAGGCCAGCAGUUCCGCUCCAUCUCUCACCAGGUGUCAUACCCCACACAGCGCGCUCAGCCGAUGCCCCCGCCGGCGCAGCCCUCCGCUCCUCUCCAGCCCAUGAUGACCAAUCAGCAGCCAGCGUACCAGAGCAUGAUGGGAGUCCAGCAGCCUCAGAGCGCCAGUAUGAUGAACACGCAGCGCACGGCCAUGAACGGACAGAUGCAGGGCAUGAUGGUCCAGUACCCACCCAUGCCCUCAUAUCAGGUGUCUGUGGGUAAUGAGAGUCAGUCUGUGGUGCAGCAGCAGUACCAGCAGCCCGUCAUGGUUCCCGCCAGUCAGUCUGUACAGGGAGCCAUGCCGACCGCGGCACCCAUGCCCGUCUACUACAGCGUGCUGACACCCACACAACAGAACAGCACAAGUCCGUCUGUGGGUUACCUGCAGCCGCCCAGUUCAGAUCAGUACCAGAUGACCCAGUCUGCCUCCCCCUGCAGCCCACAGCCAAUGCAGCAGCAGUAUUCAGGGGUUCCUCCUCCUGGUGCUGGUGUGAUGGUGAUGCAGCUCAGUGUCCCGAACGGACCGCAGCCGACCCAGAAUCCUCCGCUGGUGCAGUGGAACCCCUGCAAGUACUACAGCAUGGAGCAGAGACCCAGCAAACCCGAGCCGCAGGUCAGCAGUCCGCUGGCGUCUCCCACACAGUCUCCGGCUCCUUCUCCGUCUGGCAGCGUGAACACUGUGUGUCCGGGUCUCGGUCCGCUGCCUCUCAUCUCACAGUUCCCUCGGCCCGGCGGACCAGCACAAGAUGGACGUUACUCUUUACUGGGGCAGCCGCUGCAGUACAGUCUGUGUCCUCCUCCCAUCAUGCACAACCACAACCAGUCCUCCUACAGCUCCCAUCAGAGUCAGGGAGUGAUGAAGCACGGAGCGCGGGGGAAAAGACAAACUCUCAAAUCUGCCUCUACAGACCUCGGGACCACUGACGUGGUGGUGAGUCGUGUGCUGGAGGUCACAGAUCUCCCCGAGGGCAUCUCUCGCCCGGAGGCUGAGAAGCUCUUCAACCAGCUCUCGCUCUGCGGUGCUAAGAUCCAGUGGCUGAAGGACCCUCAGUGUCCCCGGGGCCCCGGCGGGGGACGAGGAGACCCCAGGGACCCCGCUCACCUCUACACCGUGGUGGCCGUGUUCCCCAACACCAUGGCGGCUCAGAGCGCCUCCUUCAAGCUCAACAACAGCGGUUUGUUUAAACUGCGCGCCACCAAAAAGAACUACGACUUGCGCGUGCUGGAGCGAGCGAGCUCACAGUGAGUCAGGAGAGAGAGAGAGAGAGAUGUCCAAGAGGAGGAUCUUUUUUAUUGUUUUGUAUCAUUGACAGAAGAGCACAUGUGACACAGAAGCGUGUGGCGUUGUGUGUAUCGUAUGACGCGUGCACACACACACACACACCCAUAAACACAAGCGGACGUCUUAAAGAGACAGUUCAGAGGAAAUGAAAUUAUUUACUCACAUCCAUGGCGUUCUGUGGAGCAGAUAUUUCGGAGAACGUUGCGAAAGAUAUUUUCAGUUCCUGUUGACUUCAUGAAAGUCGAUACGUACCAAAACAUUUCGAGGGAAAGGUGAUUUACUCCUCUUUCCAAACCUGUUUGACUUUCUUUCUUCUGUGGAACAUGCGAGCAGAUAUUUUGGAGAACGUUGGAAAACCUAGUCUUUUCAGUUCCGAUUGACUUCAUGUAAAUAUUGAAUAUGGAGGUCAGUCGGUACCAAAAAGGUUUUGAUGACCGACGUUUCAUCGCCAGCUGUUUCCAUUCUGUUGGAAAUACAAUCGAAGUCAAUGGGAUACUAACGUGUUCACCAGUGUUUUAUCAAAUCGAGCUGCUUCUGAAGAAAGAAAUCCAUACCUGUUUGUGUAUGUGAUCACAUGAAUGUUUCAAAAAUGAGCAGAAGUCGAUGUUUGACAUCAUCAUAUAGUGGAGAUGCUGUUUUCCAGCCUCAUGUGACGUGAGAAGAAUAUAAACCGAACUCAUUGUAUUCUACUUGAUUCUGAUUUGUGGAGCUCGACAGCUGUAUUUGAGCAGAGAAAGCUCAAUGUUCUUCCGAACAGAAGAAAGGAAGUCGAGCAGGAAGUGCUGAAAGAUGGUCUGCUUUAAUCUGAACUGUGUCUUUAAAUGCGCUCGUCUCUCCACACACUCCUCCGUCUCCGUCUCUCUUCCUCUCUCUCUCUCUCUCUCUCACGAUGUUCACUUCGGAUUUCUUCCUCUUUCACUUUCUAGCGUUUCUUGCUUUCUGUUUUGCCUUAAUGCUGUUGUGAACUUCUGUGCGCGCUGUUUCUCUCUCUCUCUCAGAUGAAUCUUCUGUUCUGGGUUCAGUAUAUUUAUAUAAGUGAUGUAAGGAUUAUAAGAAAUGAUCUAUAUAUUCAGUGAUUCUUUUCCCGUGGAUAAGUUGAAGCUCCUUCUCGUUGUGUUUGCGUUUUUUCCGUGGACAGCUCUGCAGAACGUAUCUGAGGUAUUUAAAGUGCACAAUGAUUGCGAAUGUCUACUGUAAAUUCCAUUUAAUCUCUGAUUUUUUGUUUGUUUUUAAAAAUAUAAAAUAACUCCGAAAACUC